AUGGGACAAAAAGAUGGAUCUCAAAAAGAAAAAAGCGCCCUUGCAUGUAACAACUGCCAUAGUGCAAAGAAACGUUGCGAGGGUUGGGAAAUAAUUUUCGACAAUGGUGAAAUCAAGAAAUUUAUAUACUGUAGAAAAUGUUUAAAUAGUGGAAUUGAAUGUAUUAUUCCUCAUCAUUGCGUACAAUGCAACAACAAAAAACUUCCUGCUAUUGGUGUUUGUACGAAAGAAGUAUGUAAUAGGUUUCAGAAUUUAGAAGAAGCAUUAAGACUUUGUCAAAAAUCAGUCAAUGAAAAAUCGCAAGCAAUUUCAGUACUAGAGCACAAAGUUCAAGUAUAUGAACAAAAAGUUCAAGAAUUAGAACAAAAAGCUCAAGAGUCAGAGGAAUAUAUUCAAAUGCUAUUAUCUCGAAUGUUAACUCAAGCUCAUGAACCAUAUGAAGAGACUUUCAAACAAGAUGGAGAGACUUUCGAACCAAAUGGAGAGACUUUCGAACCAGAUGAAUUUUUCGAACCAGAUAAAACUUUCAAACCAAAUGAAACUUUCAAACCAGAUGGAACUUCCGAACCAUAUGAAGAGACAUUCAAACGAUAUUUUCGUUAUGAUGAAUAA